UGGACACCACCAACCAGUGCUAGGCAGGGCCCCUCGCAUCAUGCAAUGAGGCCCUCACAGGCUACGGCCGCAGCGGAGACGCCAUACUCAAAAAGUGAUCUCAAUAAUCUUGUUCUUAACUUCCUCAUCAUCGAAGGGUACGAAUCAGCUGCCGUCAAGUUUGCAGCGGAAGCAGGACUGCAACCCAAGAUCUCCACCGAGCAUAUUCACGAGCGUGUUGAAAUACGCACGUGUAUACAUCGCGGUGAAAUCACGCAAGCGAUCCAGCUCAUCAAUGAGCUCAAUCCAGAGCUCCUUGACACAGAUCCAGCGUUGCAUUUCAUGCUGUUGCGCUUGCACUUGAUUGAACUCAUCAAACAGCAUCUAGCCUCGCCCUCGCCAUGGUCACUCACGGCUUUGCUUGAAUUUGCAGGAACGCAUCUAGCACCAAGAGCAGCAGCAGAUCCAGCUGCCUUGACAGACCUCGAGCAGACGAUGGCUUUACUCUGUUUUGCACCUGCUGCAACACCACCACUAGGUGCUGCGCAGACUGCCAUCCCGCUCGAUGCAAGUUUAACGUCAUUGCUGGAACCAUCGAUGCGAGCGCGCGUUGCUGAAAGUGUCAAUGAGGGACUUUUGCAGAGUCAAGGGAUCAUGCGAGAAAGCAAAUUACGGGCGCUUGUCAGACUCUUUCUGUGGGGCGAGAAGAAGUGUGGUGAGACGACACAGACUGGUCAGCCUGCCACGGGUACAGAGGGAGACCAGAUGGUCAUAUGUUAAUGAUAUGUUCCGGAUUUAUGCGACUGCGAUGCGUUCUUUUCUCUAUUUCAAGUACAUAAGUCAUGUCAUGAUUUCAAUGGCUACA